AUGGCUUUGAAGAGAUCUCCUCUGCUGGCAAUUCUGUGCUUUCUCUUCAUUUGUGUCCUGAAUAUUCAAGCAAGGUCUCCCAUCGAAGAAGAUGAGGAAGUAAAAGUUUUGGAGCGACAACUUAGUUCUCUUAAUAAACCUCCGAUAAUGAGUUUCAAGACCGAUUAUGGGAUGACUAUCGACUGUAUCGACAUAUACAAGCAGCCUGCGUUUGACAAUCCUUUGCUGAAGAAUCAUACGAUUCAGUAUGCAGUGGUGAAGUUCAAAAAACUGGACAAGCCGUAUGUGUCCGCUCAAGGAACGUUUUCCACCCAUCUACCGCCAGUAGAUGCCGGUGAGAUGAGCGGUGCUCGAGUUUGGAUAUACGGGGGAGGCGGCCCGGAUGGCAAUUCUAUCAGUGCUGGGUGGACGGGAGAUGGCGGUGCUGGAUGUGCUAAUACGCAGUGUCCAGGUUUUGUGCAGACUAAUCAGAAUGAUCUUCUUGGAUAUUUCAUACGAAACAUUUCGAGUCAUCAGGAACUUUUCGCUAUUAAUGUGAAAAAUUUUCAAGAUGGUCAAACGGGGAAUUGGUGGCUGGCGACAGAGCGUAACUUUGUGCCGAUAGGAUACUGGCCCAGGGAGUUGUUUCCCCAGCUCAGCGGGGGCGCGAGCAACAUCGCCUAUGGAGGCAUCACAAAAGCCAGGCCAAACUAUGAAAACCCUGCUAUGGGUUCGGGAUUAGCAGACUGCGACUUCUAUCACACUGCUUAUAUCCACAACAUAGGGCUCAAAGCCGGCUCGGAUCAAGUUACGCCCAACUGGUCCCAGGCAGAAAUCGACGUCGAUUGUCCUAAUGAAUAUACGGUGCAACAUAAUUGUGAGGAGCAACUGGAUCCUCCGAAUUUUUACUUCUUGUACGGAGGGGCCGCUGGAGUUUGUUAA